AUGCCAGGAAGACUGAUGAGCUGGCCAGAUUGGCCCGAGUUUACUGCAGCCAAGGCAGAGCCAGGUGAUGACCUGGUCGGAUACAAGAAAGCCAUAGUCGACAAAUACGGCAAGGACAACAUCAUCAAGAGCUGGCUCAAGGUCUGCAAGGAGCUGGAAUCAGUGACGGACCACAUCGCCGAACAUGGCACCGCAGUGAUCCCGGAGAUCCAGUUUGACGAGGUCUUCAACUUGACGCCCGAGAGGAAGCAGGCGUUGAAGGAUGUCGGCUGUUUUGUCGUCCGCAACGUCUUUAGCCGGGAGGAAGCUGACAAGUGGUUCAAAGAUCUGAAGGAGUACGUUGCUGCGAAUCGAUCGCAGAUCGGAGGCUGGCCACAGGAGACGCCGUUCAUCCUCAACCUGUACUACUCACCCACACAAAUGGCAGCCCGAUCACAUCCCAACCAGUUGAAGCUCAGCGAGGAGCUCAACUCCUGGUGGCACGACAAUGCUGGCUCUUAUUCACCAGAGCCGUUGUCGUAUGCGGACGCGGUGCGCAUUCGCCCCCCAGGGAUCCCCUUUCGCGGACUCGGUCCCCAUAUCGACGCAGGCAGUCUGUGUCGCUGGGCAGAUCCCACGUAUCAGUCCGUCUACGCCGCCGUCUUUUCAGGAAGCCCCGAGUUGUUGGACAACUAUGACUUGACCGCGCGCAAGACCGCCAACCAAGCAAUGUUCCCCGGAAGCGCGCACUCGCGCGUCUUUCGAAGUUUCCAAGGAUGGACGGCCCUCACCUCGGCCGGACUCGGGGAGGGCAGCUUAAUGCUAUACCCCAACGUCAAGUGGACGAUCGCCUACCUGUUGCUGCGACCAUUCUUCCAACCCCCAGACUCCGAGGGGGAGGAUGUCAUGGACGCCACCAAAUGGACGUUCGACCUCGAGAGCCCGUGGUUCCCAGGAACCUUCAGGGAGGACAGCCAGCUGCUGAGCCCGUCGUCGCACCCGCACCUCUGCCUUUGCGAAUGCAUGGUGGGCAUCCCCCGCAUGGAACCCGGCGACACGGUGUGGUGGCAUGCAGACAUGUGCCACGCGGUCGAGGUCGAGCACAACGGUGACCACGAAGCCAGCGUGGCGUACAUCGCCGCCACGCCCCGGACGGACGAGAACAAGCGCUACAUCAAACGCCAGCUCGAGGAUUUCCUGAAUGGUCUCCCGCCCGAGGAUUUCCGCCGCGGGCCAGGCGAGAGGAGUUUUCAAUUGUUCACAGGAGAAAAGGGCAUCUUGGGCGGCGACGCAGGCAGGAGGGCGAUGGGGUUCGAUCUGAUCGCCUAA